AUGACGCUCACCCGGUUCUGGGUGGCUCUGGUUUUAGGGGCGAUCUCCGAAGUGGUCAGCUUUGAUUCUAUUCUCAGUUACUCUCGCCACCUUCCCAUCCAGCCGCGACAGCAGAAAACGCCGCUAUCGCGCCUCCCUGCCCACCGCCUGCAUGCUGUCCCUGCGGCACACACUCCCCGGCAACACCCUAGGGGCUGCCCUGCCGGCGAACCGUGGGUCAACGUGACGGACUUCGGUGCUGCCUGUCUACGCUGGGCGGAGGUGCCCCCCUUCCUGGAGCGGUCGCCCCCGGCGGGUUGGGCGCAGCUGCGAGGACAGCGCCACAACUUUUGUCGGAGCCCGGACGGUGCGGGACGACCCUGGUGCUUCUACGGGAACGAUCAUGGCAAGGUGGACUGGGGCUACUGCGACUGUAAACAUGGGUCAAUACGACUUCGCGGUGGCAAAAAUGAGUUUGAAGGCACAGUGGAAGUAUUUUCAAAUGGUGCUUGGGGCACAAUCUGUAGCAGCCACUGGGAUGAUUCUGAUGCAUCGGUUAUUUGUCAUCAGCUGCAGCUUGGAGGAAAAGGAGUAGCAAAACAAACACCGUUUUCUGCACUGGGCCUUAUUCCCAUUUACUGGAGCAAUGUUCGUUGCCGAGGAGACGAAGAAAAUAUACUGCUUUGUGCAAAAGAUAUCUGGCAGGGUGAGGCGUGUCCUCAGAAGAUGGCAGCUGCUGUCACGUGCAGCUUUUCCCAUGGCCCAUCCUUCCCAGUCCUACGCCUUGUUGGAGGGAGCAGUGUAUAUGAAGGCCGAGUGGAAGUUUACCAUGCUGGUCAGUGGGGAACCGUUUGUGACGACCAAUGGGAUGAUGCAGAUGCAGAAGUGAUCUGCAGGCAACUUGGCCUGAGUGGCAUCGCCAAAGCAUGGAACCAGGCAUAUUUUGGGGAAGGAUCUGGUCCAGUUAUACUGGAUGAAGUACGUUGCACUGGGAAUGAGCUUUCUAUUGAGCAAUGCCCAAAGAGUUCCUGGGGCGAGCAUAACUGUGGCCAUAAAGAAGAUGCUGGAGUGUCCUGUACCCCUUUGACAGAUGGGGUCAUCAGACUUACAGGUGGAAAAGGCAGCCAUGAGGGUCGCUUGGAGGUAUAUUUCAGGGGACAGUGGGGCACUGUCUGUGAUGAUGGCUGGACAGAACUGAAUACAUAUGUGGUUUGCCGACAGCUGGGAUUCAAAUACGGCAAACAAGCCUCUGCAAAUCAUUUUGAAGAACGCACAGGGCCCAUAUGGCUGGAUGAUGUCAGCUGCUCAGGAAAGGAAACUAGUUUCCUUCAGUGUUCCAGGGGACAGUGGGGGAGACACGACUGCAGCCACCAGGAAGAUGUUGGCAUCACCUGCUACCCCGGUGGUGAUGGCCACAGACUCUUUCAGGGUUUUCCUAUCAGGCUGAUGGAUGGAGAAAAUAAGAAAGAAGGACGAGUAGAAGUCUUUAUCAAUGGCCAGUGGGGAACAAUUUGUGAUGAUGGUUGGACGGAUAAGGAUGCAGCUGUGAUCUGCCGACAGCUUGGUUACAAGGGUCCUGCAAGAGCAAGAACCAUGGCUUAUUUUGGGGAAGGCAAAGGGCCCAUCCAUGUGGAUAAUGUGAAGUGCACAGGAAAUGAGAGGUCCUUGGCUGACUGCAUUAAACAAGAUAUUGGAAGACACAACUGUCGCCACAGUGAAGAUGCAGGAGUUAUUUGUGAUUAUUUUGUCAAGAAAGCAUCAGCUAAAAGUAAUAAAGAUUCUCUUUCAUCUGUGUGUGGUUUGAGGUUACUGCACCGUCGACAGAAGCGGAUCAUUGGUGGGAAAAAUUCCUUAAGGGGUGGUUGGCCUUGGCAAGUUUCCCUUCGGCUAAAGUCAUCCCAUGGAGAUGGCAGACUCCUUUGUGGGGCCACGCUCCUGAGUAGCUGCUGGGUCCUUACAGCAGCUCACUGUUUCAAGAGGUAUGGUAACAGCACUAAGAACUAUGCUGUUCGCGUUGGGGAUUAUCAUACUUUGGUGCCAGAAGAGUUUGAAGAAGAAAUUGGAGUCCAACAGAUUGUGAUUCACCGGGGGUAUCGGCCAGACAGCAGUGACUACGACAUUGCCUUGGUUAGACUGCAAGGACUGGAAGAACAAUGUGCCAGAUUCAGCAGCCACGUUUUGCCAGUUUGCUUACCACUCAAGAGGGAGAGGCCACAAAAAACAGCUCCCAAUUGUUACAUAACCGGAUGGGGAGACACAGGACGAGCCUAUUCAAGAACUCUACAACAAGCAGCCAUCCCAUUGCUUCCUAAGAGGUUUUGUGAAGAACGUUAUAAGGGUCGGUUUACAGGGAGGAUGCUGUGUGCUGGAAAUCUCCAUGAACAGAAACGGGUGGACAGCUGCCAGGGAGACAGCGGAGGACCACUCAUGUGUGAAAGGACUGGAGAGAGCUGGGUUGUUUUUGGUGUGACGUCCUGGGGUUAUGGCUGUGGGGUCAAGGAUUCUCCUGGUGUUUAUACCAAAGUCUCAGCCUUUGUAUCUUGGAUAAAAAGUGUCACCAAACUGUAA